GAAGGCCACUGUAGCGAUGGCCACCACAACAUAACAGGAACCCCUCGCGAUCCGCACAGCUCAGCUCACAAUGAGUGGCCGACCAUUGAAGCGUCAGAAAGUCGACGACAGCGCCCAGAAAAGCUCCCCUGCUCGUUCUGCCAAACCCUCCAAUGCCCCCACCACCUACGGCAGCAAGUCGCAAUCAUCGCCGGCUGUGCACUCCACGAUCCAGUCAAAUUCAGAUGCCAAGGCCGAAUGGUUAGCGGCGAAAGCAAUUGCGGCCAAACGGGCUGCCACCAGACCAAGAAAGUCGAGGGAGCUCCCGCCAAAGGAGGAGCUGAGUGUAUACGAUGACUUUGAGGGCGCACAUCAGGCCCGCAGGCCUGCUGCUUUGUCGAGAGGAAGGACACCGAAACCACCGCUGAAUGGGAGUGUCGAACGAAGUGCAGAUGGUGACAAUCCCGAAAGUCAUACGAAGACGCGAGCUUCACGGAUUGUCAGCCAGGGAAAUGGCCGUGUCACCGAAACAGGAGCCCCGAAGAAGACUUUCGAAGACGAGAUACACGAGAUAGAGGAGAAGGCGCGACAACAGACGCAAAAUGACGACAGUGCGGAUGAGUUGGCUGAGCAGAGCGGUUCUAAGCGCGGUUCUGCUAGAAGAGCGAGCCAAAGAGCUACUGCAGCGAAGACGGUCGUCGCUGGGACACACACAGGACCUCAGGAUCGAAGGACGGGAACCAGUCCGCGAGACCAGUCUCUGGAGAUUCCCGAGAGCGACGAAGAGGACCACAUGGUUAUUGAUCGGCCAGAUGAGACGUUGGUGCAGGAUGACAUGGAUUUCAAUCAGUUGGCAAGGCAGAAAGAGGUCACGCCCAAGGCUGCGAUUGCGAAGAGACUGAUCGUCCCCACGAAAGCUUCCAUCACCCAACCAACUCGAAAUGCUGAGGCCAAGAUCAUUCGAACUACGGGAUCGAAACCUCGGCGCGAUGCUGAUGUGAAGCCCAUGCGGAAGGCCAUUGCGACAGACAGGAACUCCUUCGACGAUGACCACCUACAAUGUAUCCAGAAUGUCGUGCUCGAGAAGGCUACGGGAAAGCGGCCGAUCUUGCUCACCAAUCUGGACGACGAAUACGCCAAAGUGGCGACUGUCAUCUCCCAGACUAUCACUGCGGGCGAGAGCAACAGUAUGCUAAUCAUUGGUGCACGUGGAAGUGGCAAGACAGCCAUGGUCAACCAAAUUCUCCGUAAACAAAGCGAGACUCAUGCUGAUCACUUCCACGUUGUGCGACUCAGUGGCUUUAUCCACACAGACGAUAAGAUCGCUCUAAGGGAGAUCUGGAGACAGCUUGGAACGGAAAUGGAACUAGACGAAGAUGAAGCUACAAGCAAGAACUAUGCGGACACGAUGACAAGGCUACUUGCACUGUUGUCGCAUCCGACCGAGCAUGGGAUCGAGACUGAGCGGGUCACCAAAAGCGUGAUCUUCGUUCUGGACGAGUUCGAGCUAUUUGCAGGCCAUCCGAGACAGACGCUGUUGUAUAACCUGUUCGAUAUCGCUCAAAGCCGGAAAGCUCCCAUUGCUGUUCUGGGAUUGACAACCAGAAUCGAUGUUGUUGAGAGCCUGGAAAAGCGGGUGAAGUCCAGGUUCAGUCACCGAUAUGUGCAUCUGAGCUUGUCAAAGAACUUGAAUGCUUUUGAGCAGACAUGCCGGAGCGCGGUGGCACUUCGUCCCGAGGAGUUCACUAAUAAGGAACUGGAAAUUCUCGCCAAAGGCAAAGAAUUAACCGCUCCUGCGUUGUCGAGCUGGAGUUCUGUCACAGACCAAUUACUGGCUUCCGACACCUGCAAAAAGUUCCUGCAAAGACUCUAUUACACCACGAAAUCUAUGCCUGAUUUCCUCGUUGCUCUUACGCUGGCAUUGGCAACUCUGCCGACAGCGUCACAAACCAUUACAUCCGUCUUUGAUCACAUUUCUGCUAAUAUGACGAGUACGAGCAUCCUGCAGGCUCCCGACUCCAAGCUCAUUCUGCUGCAUGCUCUCAGCACUCUUCAACUUGCGCUGCUGAUAUGCGCAGCUCGCUUGACCAACAUCUACGAUACCGAGCUUGUCACUUUCGCUCUUGUCUAUGAAGAGUACAAAGUAAUCGCGAGCAAGGCCAAGCUUCACGCAAGCGCGAGUGGGGGAAUCGCAAGCAGUAGAGUAUGGAGCAAGAAUGUCGCCAGGAAUGCUUGGGAAGAGCUGGUCAAUGUCGGCUUGGUCGUGGAGGAUGGUAGGAGUGCCGGUGCAAAGACCAGCAGAGUUGACGUAGGACUCGAAGAACUUGGGGGCAGCGGGGCUGAUUUAGGCGGAUGGGGAAAGUGGUGUAGAGAGAUUUGAGCGGCUGAAUAUCGAACGCCACAGUAAAUCCACCACAUGCCCGGGCUUGAUCCUGUUUCCGGUCGCACGGGUUGCGCGCCAAACCGCCGCAUAAACUACGACACCUCCCCUCGACCAGACACAGAGCAUAACAGACCACCAAGUCAGCGCGGACUUGGCUUGUAGUAGUAACUCUGCCACAUCUGGUUUCUGGCAUGCUUGUUGUGGCUGGUUUUCGCUAUUCUUGCCUGCCCACACGUACCCGAGCUGCAGCCCAUAUUGGAGGCAGGAUGCAAGCGCUGUUUUCAACAGUAGGUUACAGUGCUUCCACUCACAGGACGGCUUGCCAACGACAAUUCCGGUGGGCAUCCUCGUCCAGUACUGGCGCCAUAUAAAGCCUACUACUAGGCUUCACGGUGAGGCUCAACCUGUGCGCUCCUCAUCACAUAGGCGAUAGAUUUCGUGCUCGAGUGUUUUCUUGCGCCAUCGUUGUAUCUUUCGAUUGCUGAAUCACC